AUGCCAGUGUUGGAGGUCCAGCUAAGCAAGAAGAAGACACUGCUCCCCAACAUUCUCCAGGUCGCCAAGGCGUUGCACUCUUCUUCGCAUUCUGCUUUGGCCCUUCCUCGACCCCAGGAAAUCGUGGAAUACUUCAAAGUGGAACUGGGCACCGGAGGGUCUUGUCCGUCUUUGAAAAAGCUUGAAAAAGGCGAUCCAGCCUCUGGAGCGUACCUUGCUGGAAAGCACGACAAGGGCACUUUGAGAGCCUUGUUGGCCGGCUACGUCGAGACGUUUGUCUUGUGCGGCGUAUGUCAAAAGCCCGAGACAAGCUACAAAUUCCACAAAACCAAAAAGACCAUUAAGUUGGACUGUGUCGGUUGCGGAGCCCUGUUGAAGAUUGAAUCCGAGCACAAGUUGUGCAAGUACAUUCGAAAACAGCACGAGGCAGAGAGCACCGACAAGAAGAGAGGAAAGAAGAACAGGAAAGAGAAGAAGAGCAGAAAAUCGUUGGACUGCGAGCGUAGCCAGACUAGUCCGUCGAGCGUCCCUCGCACAGUCGAAGCGGAAAGUCCAUCCGAUGUUGCGAUCAUUUCGGAAGGUGGGAUGGUGGCGUCUACCGAUUGUGUUGGCUUUGGCACACCCGUACGUGACGACGGAGACUGUGAGAACAGCGAGGCAAGCGGGAAGGAAAGCGACACGGAAAGCGGCAAGGAAAGUGACACCGAAACCGCAAUUGAAAUCGAAGGAGACCUCGACGACGCCCAAGGCGAUGAAGCAUCGAUGGGGGGGGGGGGUGCAGGGGGUCGUGAACAUUGGUCGCCUUGCGUUGGAGUUGCCUAUGUAAUGUAA